UCCUCAAAAAUUUUGAAAAAAAAAAAAAAUCAAAACUUUCUCCUCCAGCUGAAAAAAAGUUCACAGAUCGGAAUCCCAACUCUUUUUUCUUCUCUCUAAUUUUCCGAUGCAGGUAGCGAGCCUCCUUCGAUUUUUGGCAAAACCCUAGUUUUGGGUGGUUCUUGGAUUAGGCAAAACCCUAGGUUUUUUUUUUGGUAGGGGAUUUGAUUCUUUAAUGGUUAGGGCAAUAAUCAAUGAUUUAGAUGGAGAACAGGAGAUUCAGGUUCAGAUUAGGGGAUGCUGAUUUUCUGUACAUACCGGUUGGUUGAGCUAGGAGAGGAUCUUGUUUGGUUGUCUGGGAUUUGGGCAUCUUUGAAAGGGGCGAUUUCGGUGAUGUUUUGAUUUUGAUGGUGUUAGGCUCUUGGUUUAGGUUUAGCUGGAUCAGAUUUUGGGCUGGUAUCUAUUUUUGUCAUUUGAUUAUAGUCCCUGUUUUUUUUUUUUUUCUUUGAAUUUGCUUGCUUUAGCUGCUAAUGGAUGAUGGGUGAGCCCGUGCUUAGUCACUUAAAUCUUAAUUGGAACUUGUGGAGUUACAAAGAGGAGCACUAAUUUGAAAGCUUCUGUGGAAAUGGGUUUUUGUGCUUUACUUGGAUGGUGAUGCGUAUUGCUUAGCGGAUUUGAUUUUGUGUUUUUCAGUAUGGUUGUCUGUGAGUAGGGGCAUUUCGUGGCGGGUAGGUUGCUGAAAGCAGCUAGAGUAUAGAGUAUUAAG